GCUGCACAAAUGGACCAACUACCUGAAGGGUUACCAGCGCCGCUGGUUCGUGCUGAGUAAUGGGCUCCUCUCCUAUUACAGGUAGGUCAUGGGCAUCCGGAGCCAGAUACUGCUGCUACACACAGGCAUCAAGCCUGGCGCCCAGAUGCUUGCAACCAUUAACAGGCACCUAGCCUGGCUCCCAAAGGCUGAACCUGCAGACAGCACCCACCCACAGACAUCACACAGAUAAUGCCAUCCACAGGAAGAUGGGCCAACUUGACAGCAUGACAUGGUCUUCACAGAUAAGCAUCCAGAAACUGCACCACAGCCAGGAACUCAGCUAUUCCAGCCAGGUGCAGACAGACACCCACUGAUGUGCAUCUAGGUACUACAUCCAGAUGCUGCACCCAGUGACAUGCACCCAGCCUAGCACACUCGGUGUGGUAUCCAUGGCCAAGUAUCCAGCCUGACACCAUGAUAUGACAUUCACAGGCGGGCACCUAGAAUUGCAUCCAUAGAAGGCUACCCAGAUUUUUCAACCACAGACGAACAGUGCACCAUCGGUCAGGCACACAAAUGUCUUCAGGACCCAAGCGGAGAUGGGGCACACAUGCAGAGGAACUAUUAACUUAGCAACCACUCAUAUCGACAUUGAGGACUCAUGUACCUUUGUGCUGUCAGAUAGUGGACGCACAUACCACCUGAAAGCAAGCUCUGAGGUGGAGCGGCAACACUGGGUGACAGCACUUGAACUGGCCAAGUCCAAAGCUAUUCGGAUGAUGAACAAUCAGUCAGAUGACUCAGGUGACGAGGAGCCAACUUCGCAGUCCGAUAAGAGUGAGCUGCACGCCACCCUGAGAACCUUGGCCAGCAAGCUUGACGACCUGAGCCAGUGCAAUGAGCUCAUCGCAAAGCAUGGGGCAGCCCUUCAGAGGUCUCUGAGUGAGCUUGAGAACCUGAAAUUACCAGCUGAGAGUGGAGAAAAAAUUAAAACUGUCAAUGAGCGAGCAACCCUCUUCCGCAUAACCUCCAAUGCUAUGAUCAAUGCCUGCCGUGAUUUUCUGGAUUUAGCGGAGACCCACAGUCGCAAAUGGCAACGUGCUUUGCAGUACGAGCGUGAGCAGCGCAUCCGGCUGGAGGAAACUAUCGAACAAUUAGCCAAGCAACACAACAGCUUGGAGCGUGCCUGCCGCGGAGCGCCCGCACUGCCGACCAGCUCCACUGAGGUUUCCAGCGCUAGUAAAGUGAGCUGGACCAGUUCUUGGUUGGGGCAGAGAUCACAUCCUAUAAAAGCGAGAGGGCGACACGUGAAAGGGGAGACAAGUGAUGAAGAUGAGGAGACUGAAUAUUUCGAUGCAAUGGAGAGUGCACCAGAAUUUAUUACAGUAACCACGGAUCCCACAAAACACAGACGCACAGGAAGUAAUAUCAGUGGAACCAGCAGUGAUCAGACUGAAACCUGGAACCUGGAUGACCAUGUUUUCGAGUGUCAGCACCAAGCUUCCUUCACUGCAUCAGCAAGCAGAGAGGCGAAGCCAUACAGGAAGAGACGCACUCAAAUCCCAGACAAGCCCAAUUAUAGCAUCAACCUUUGGAGCAUAAUGAAAAACUGCAUUGGGAAGGAGCUGUCGAAGAUUCCCAUGCCUGUUAACUUCAACGAGCCUUUAUCAAUGCUUCAGAGACUAACUGAGGACUUAGAAUAUCACGAAUUAUUGGACAAGGCAGCUAGAUGCGAUAAUCCUGCAGAGCAGAUGUGCUAUGUGGCUGCAUUCUCUGUGUCUUCCUAUUCAACAACCACUCAUCGCACAGCAAAGCCUUUUAAUCCUCUGCUUGGGGAAACAUUUGAGCUGGACCGGCUAGAGGAGAGUGGCUUCCGCUCACUGUGUGAGCAGGUGAGCCAUCAUCCUCCUGCUGCUGCCCAUCAUGUAUAUUCGAAAUACGGCUGGACCCUGUGGCAGGAAAUCACCAUUGCCAGCAAAUUCCGUGGGAAAUAUCUCUCCAUCAUGCCUCUAGGUGCUAUUCACUUACAGUUUAAUUCCGGCGGUAACCACUAUGUGUGGAGGAAGGUCACUUCCACAGUGCACAACAUCAUCGUGGGCAAGCUAUGGAUUGACCAGUCAGGCGAGAUCGAAAUCAUAAAUAACCAGACGAAGGACAAGUGUCAACUCAAAUUCAGUCCCUACAGCUACUUCUCACGGGAAUGUGCCAGAAAGGUGACAGGCGUAGUGACGGACACAGACGGCAGAGCCAGUUACAUCUUGUCGGGGACAUGGGAUGAGAAGAUGGAGUUUGCUAAGGUCGUGGAGAGCAGUCAAGAUGGGACCAGCUGCGAGGGCAAACAGAAAACUGUUUACCAGACUCUGCCACCCAAAGUGCUGUGGAGGAAGUACACUCUUCCUGAUAAUGCAGAAAACAUGUACUACUUCUCUGAACUGGCAUUGACCCUGAAUGAAAUGGAGAGUGAAACAGCACCGACUGACAGUCGCUUGCGACCGGAUCAACGUCUGAUGGAGAAUGGCGAGUGGGAGGAGGCGAAUGUGGAAAAGCAGCGAUUGGAGGAGAAGCAGAGAGCUGUGCGGCGCUUGAGGGAGGCAGAGGCAGCGACAGCUGCUGAGGAAGGCAGUGAAUAUGAGCCCUACCAACCAGUAUGGUUCGAGAAAAAAGAGGACCCCAUCACCGGAGACGACAUGUACGUUUACAAAGGGGGCUACUGGGAGUGCAAGGAAACCCAAGACUGGAAGAUGUGCCCAGAUAUCUUCUGAGCACCAUUGUUUUGGGUCCAGUGGACUUCAGAGUCUCCCUGCUCGCCUGUGGGAGAGAAAAGGAGUGCUGCGAGCCUCCACUGCAGAACUCGAAACAGUGGAAACACAGGGCAGCUUUCUGGUGCAGACAACAUCAAUGCAAAAGAACACCAUGCCCCCAUCACCCCCAACAAGGAUACACACUGCAGAAGAGCCACAGACAGUUGUUAGGUUAAGUGUCCGGGAAGUAGUGUAAAAGCUGUGGUUUGUUUAGAGAUUGGGCAUGAGCACCAGUACUUCAACAAUCAAAUCCCCCUCCCAAAAAAAACCCCAAGUGUUACAUGUGAUCCAUACGUUUGGGCAUGAACGAGAUGAUCACUCGUUAUCCUGACCAGAGAUUUGUUUUUGAUUCAUUACAGCUGAAGUUACAUUCUACUCUUUUUAAAUCAAGUGAACAGCACAGACCACUGGUUGAGGAAUCUUAUAGCUCUCACCUCAACCUAUCAGAAGGCAGGUUGAGCUUGUUCAGUCCUGAUGACUUUGGUGUAAAGAUAACCACGUUUGCAGAAGCAAAUGACUCAUAGAUAAAAAGGAUCAGCAGCCAGGGGAGAAAGGGCCUUUUCCACAAGGUUUUAUAAGGACUUGAAAUGCAAAUAUAGGGUAUCGGGAAUUAUGCUUUUGGAGGGUGACGUGUAGACCAUAUCAGUGUAGAUGUUGUCCCAUAUCAUAGCCGUGUCUAGUUUGAGUAAGUCAUCUUUUACAUCUGCUUCGAACCUCACAUUUUCAUGCUUCUGCGAUUUUGUGGCAUAAUUACAUUUGCUGCCUGCCUAAUGCAAGAGAUUUGCACAGAGUAUUACACUGCAUCACUUAGCCUAACUUUUAUCGUCCAUCAUCAGUGUUAUUCUCUACCUCACCAGCCUGAGUUAAUUAGCCCCACUUCUUGCCCAGACGCCCAACACAAUCUGCUGGGUCACUGACACAACAGGUUGCUAUCUUGCUGGUGGUAUGCUAAACCACUUCAGAUCAGCGUUUUAUUUUAAGUGUUAGGUCUGCCGCCUGGCAACUUGGUAUCACUCCCUUCAAAUCCAUAGGAAAGGAUUAGACGUGGCUGCCAAGAUUUGCAGCACAUAGUGACACAAACAUGAGCUCGAAUUCUGAGCAUGGUCUGGCUCGCUGCCCCACUUCUUGCUGGCUUAUACUUGGCCCUUUAAUUGUCAAAUUGGUUUCUAAGUGGCCAUUAAAGAGGGUGCCCUCUAAAAGCAGGCAUGACCUCUUUGUAAACAAAAACAGCUAAUUAGUUUGCUGCAUGCAGUGUUCCCAAGACCAUUGAGACUAGAUGAUAGACUGUUGUUUUGGGAGAAUGUGCUUCCCAGUAUCCUCCCACCAUUGGAGUAGAGAUCAUGGAGGAAGCCUCUUGGAAAUGGCCUAUGCUUUUGGGUGGGGAUCAGAAUGUGAUCUUUCAGGUCUUGCUUACCUGUAGCUUAAUUUUCUGCAAAUUAUGUUUCAUGUGUUUAUAUCACAGCUUGAGGUGUACGAUUUCAAGGCCAGGAUAACGGUUGGGGACUGGGAUGUAAUGCUGGUGCCUUGUUUAAAGUAAAAUGAAAAUGUACUGAAGUAGUCUCUGACAUUGGAGUGGCUGUUUGUGGAUCAUACAGGGAUCCCAUUGCCAGCUUCUUGCUGUGCCGCUGCCAUCUGGUGCCACAGUCCCACAACAUUAGCAGCAAACCACAGCCACAGAAUGCUGUGCUGACAGAAUGACGUGGGCUUGUGCCAGAGGAGCAGGGACAGGAAACAUACAAUCUCCAAAUAGAAAGUAGAGCUACUUGGAAAAUAGAGCACUUUGCUCCUAAAAGCAACUGUCAGAUUCUCGGAUAACCUCAUAGAAAGCUGCACAGACAUGAAUUUCCCAAUUUGGUGUUUAUUUUGUCACUUUCCCCAUCUGCCACAUUUUCCAACUAAUGGCUGAAUCUUUUAAAUAAAGUGCCAAUGCUGUGUAGAUCCUUGGAGACCUAGUAUCCAACAAGAGCCCUGCAGGUUGGCUGAUAACUUUCUCUGAUGGGUUGAGGGGCUGCUGACAGAAUAAUACCAGUAGAUUCAAUGCAAUGCAGUGGUCAGUGCAAUGUGUGAUUCUUUGUUCAGCUCCCAAACAGGACAGCCUAUUGUUUGUUACUGAUGAAAUAUAGAGACUGGCAGUGAACAGUAAGGCUCUGCACACAAGCUUCCUUGGAUUGGCGUUCAUUCAGAGGUGCCAGCUGGGUGUAGAGCACUGCUCCUGGAAUACGAACAGCACAUGACUAAAAAAGAUCACAGAAAUAUAGAUGUAGAGUUCUCUUUGUCCAAUUUGUUCUCAACCUUCAGAAAUGCCAUCCACACAGCUCCCCCGAACAUCUUAAAAUUCACCCAACACGCACAUUAAGGUAACCUCUGCCUAAUGUCUCAACUAAAGGCCAAUGUGUUCCAGCACUAGAGAAGGUUCGUGUUUACUGAACCUUGUGCUUAUUCAACAGCGCAGUCUUGUACAACUCCUUGUGACUAAGUUCUUGUUGGAUCACUGUUACAGGGGCCAGAGGAUAAGGACUGGCAUAUUAACUUCACUGCUCAGUUCCUAACCUCAUGUGCAGGGGUCGCAGAAUCUGCUGAGGAAGAUGUUUGGAGAAUUAUUGCUUGCAAUGCUGCAGUUGGUCUUGCAGUAGGAGUUCCAACUAUUUGUUGGCCCAGAAAUCCUUGUGGAUGAAAGAACUUGCCCAAAUUGCCCGAUUGAUAUUAUGAUUCCAAUGUUGCUGUGUUUCAUACUGAAAUACUGGUGAAUUGUAGCGCAGCUUUAUUUUUGUUUUAACAGACAGGGCUCUUGUGUGAAACCCUCAUUAGAAUGUCACAUUCAAGCACAUAAGCUGUCUCCUUCCAACCAGCAGUUCAGCAACUUUUAUCGGGACAAAGGAGGGAGACUGAGUGGCCUGUGGCUGCUAUGCAGUAUAAAAUUCAGGAUUGGGCUCUGGGCAAUACAGUCCUAUAAAAGGUAAUGUUGAACAGUUUAAAUUUUAACUAUUGCAAUUCUGUUUCUCUAAUCAUGUAUCUGAACAUUAGUUUUUCUUCUGGAUUGACAGCCCCAGGCGGGAUGAGCAUCUCCUAUUGACUGAAUAAGAUUAGUAAGACACGUGGGAUUCACGGUCCCUUCAGCCAAUUCUAUUAGUUGCUGUUCAUGAGUUGUCAAUAUUACUGCCAGCAAAUGAGAUUUCUGACAGUUUCAGCCCCACUUCUGGAUUACUUUUCCCUCUUGCAGCUGCUUCCAUCUCAUCAAAAUAGCUUCUGCAAAUAUGGACAUAUUUGACUCUUUCUCUGACUGCAUCACUUGUUCCCUGUUCUCUCCUCCCCAGACCUCUGCCCUAAAUGCUGCUGCCCUGUCUCCUCUGCUUACCAUCUGUCUAUUGUACUCUUCAAAGCACUUUAGGAUAUGUUUUUUUUCUACAUUUUUAAGGCACUUUAUUAGUGAAAGCUUGUUGUUUGUUGUAAUUGAAUGCCCUUAGUUAGAGAAUUUGGCAAAUUUGACACAAGCAGGAGGUCAGCCCUUGGCCUGUCUCCAAGAUGUUUGAAUCUCAGCAAAUACAAAUCCUUCCAAAUACGGUGUCUUCUGACAUAUUUUAGAGGCGAUGUUAACUCCAGCCUUUCCUCACUAAUUCCAAGUAGUUCUGUAACUCAGUUGAUCCAUUAAUACUGGUCACAAUUUGCAGUGGCUAAAUGAAGAAUAUUGAAGAGUUGCAUAUGGUUUGUAAUGGCAUGGAGAUGAAGACCGCUGAGAACAUGUGUUACUGACUUGAUAAUCACUGCUGUGCUAGACAGUUGGAUAGUUUUCAUGAACCCAUUCCCACUGAAUCAGAAUGCGUAGCAGGACCCUGGGGAGCAAUUCCCAGGGCUGUUUUCCCAGUUGAGCCAGGUGCUUAUGCCCUCUUUGUAUUGUGUAUACAAGUGAAUCCUGAUAUACGCUGAUAUCCAGGUAUGGAUGGAACACCAUACAUCUUCCAUGAUCACAUUUCCUUUUAAGGGUACAGUGCAUUUGGACUGUGACAUUAUCUUUUUCCACACGGUACCCCAUGCUGAUAGCUCACCUAAUUGAUUAGGGGCAUUGAAUGGAAACCAGAUGUCUCCAGCCAGUGAAGAGGAAAAUCAGAGGGAUGUGUGCUCUCCCUCUGACCACUUGGUCCCACAUAACAGCUGAGAACUUAAGAGGCAGCAUCAGCUCUUGGGGGAGAGGACUAUGUUCCCCCCUUUUGAGUAGGGAGUCUGUGACUCAUUUCAGCAAGCUUUCACAGAGCUUUCAAACUUGCAGUUAAGAAACUAUGACCUCAAACAAACGAACCCCCUAAAUCGCCUUUCGUAUUCAUCCGUUUUUGAAAUGAGUAAGGUCUGACUAUCCGUUUCUGACGGGGACAGACUCUGAUUCAAUAAUUGGCCAAUAUGUAUAUCUGGAUUUCACUGUACCUAUGGAACUUUGCAUCCCCUUCAGCAGCAGGAUUUGAUCUGUUAUAAAGUAUUUUUUUCUGAAUCUAACUUGCCACAGCACAAUUGUAGCUUGUUACUUCCGAUAAAUUGUCAGACUGUUGGAAACAUUAUCUUGCUGGCACCUGUUGUGAAUAUCUAAUGGGGCAGAAAAGGACCCAAAUAGAUCAUGUGUAAAUAUAUUUACAUUAUUUAAACAGUUUAGAACAUAAAAACCAAGAAAUGUAGAUCUGCAGUUUACAUUUGAGAUUGACUACCAUAUUUAUAUUGCUAAGAUUUGCAUAUCAAUAAUGUUGAAACAGCACUGUCUAUCCCGAGUGAAUCCAUGGCUACUUUGAAGGAGAUGAAGCGAAAGAAAAGAACUGAUUAUGAUUCAAGUUGCCUGGAAGAUUUGGAAGCUCUGAAUUCAUUUGAUAGAUUGCUACUACAAUAUAUAAGAUGCCGUCUUCCCCCAGCACUUUUUCAGUACUCAUCUGGUGCCUCUCACUGCCUCGGUCAGCCAAGAGGGUAGCAUGGUGUGACCAGCAAAUAUCACCCCACCCCAACCCCUCAUUUCACCUACUUCACCUUCAUACCAACCAUGCUACUCUAUGAUUGGUCAAGAGGUGAGUGCAUUUGUAUACACAUCUCUGCCAUCUUUCAUUCAACCUUUCCUCCCAUCUCCCCAUUCCCUUGUGUUUGGCACGAAUGGUGCAUCUAGUAUUUCUUCCUUGCUGAAAUAAUUUCAGACUGAUGUUUUAAGUGUCAUACUGUUUGCACAGAUGGCAAGCAAAGAGAAUACAAAUUAGGCCGCCAGAUUUCUCUGUUUGGAUAGAUGUUGUGAAGUGUUCUCUUUGGUGCUAUUAGAUUCUGAAUGAUCCAUGACUGGAUAAAGCACUGUAUCAAAACUGCAUGGUACUGAAUGUGGAUUCGCAACUGGAAUGUUUGUACAUCUGAGACGGUCCUUGCAGCUUGACAAGAAUAUAUAGGAAACUCUCACUCAAACAAUGCAAAGAGGAGGGGCUUUUCUGAGAAUGACUCAGUUGAAAAAUUCCCAUUGUCACACUGAUAUCGCCUUAUGACUUGCAUCCUUACCCCUCAACAAUGUCUGUGUCCAAUAUUAUUGUCAGCAAAGGUUACAAGCUUCCAAUAUGUAAAAUACUUUUUUUUUUCAAGGGUAUGUAACAAAAUCCAGCAGCUUCACUUUUAAGCUGACGCUAGGGAUGCCUCCAAAGGUUAUGCAUGAGUAUUUCAGCAGAAAGGUGUACUAUACCUUUUAGCCAAGUCUAAAUUGAACAGGACAGUAGCAGGACUGACGUAGUUCCUUAAAACAGAAGCCCACCUAGUUGGACAGAAAGUUGUGAUAUCUGGUUCUCUAAUUAAUACAAUAAGCCAAUUUAGCCACGUUGAAAUGAAAUAAACCACAUCUUGGGACAAUGCUGUUUACCUCUACCUCCAAGAACUGUUGAAACGAACUUUUGCGUUCUCACAAGCUCAGAGGCUGCUCCAAUUAAUGUCAUUUUUAGAUCACAUUGCUUUUGAAGUUCAUUUCAGUGGGGGUGAUUUUACUUACACCUUGCAUUGAGGAUCUAUACACUAAUCGUGUAACCACCUCCCCUCCAAUAACAAGUUAAAGAUCUGGUAGUUUGAAAAGCAAAAAUACAUUAAGUGUAGGUAUCCUGUAGACUGUGUGAAAGUCUGCUACCUAAAGGUGUGAACGUGUGACACCAUAAUCUCAAUACUAGCUCUAGCUAACUUGUUUUUUAUCUGGAUCUCAGAAUAUCCAGCAGCACCCCCAAGUCGCAUUCUAAAUGACAGUUGGACAAUUUGUUGAAUUCACAGGCAACUUGUUCAUGCUUUGCAUUGGAAACAGUGAGAUUGAUAGUGAAUCCAACUCCCUUGACUUGCAUUUUAAGACUUAUUUAGGUGGGCUAACAUUGGGGUGUUGUUCCCAUCAUGAUAAGACUAGAAUUCGGGACAGAACUCAAAACUCUGGUGGGCUGUGCAAGAAUUAUCAGUGUUGCCUUACCUUGGAACAGUUGAAUCACCUGCCUGCUGAAGACUGCCACCAGAGUCUGAACGGUAAAUAUUAUGACACAUCUGCAAUAUGAAGGGAGUGGCAUUUUUAAGUUGUGUUGAUUCGCAAUGUUAGUACAGAAAAACUCAAUUGUGAUUAUGCCUUUCUCUAAUUCUACUUUGUAAUAUUCAAUGAUAGAAAAUGUGCAGAAAAUCUAGCUUACUGAAACCACACAGAAGAAUAGUUUGCAUUUUCAAUGGUGCAAAGAUAUGUCCAGUGUUCAGUGUUAAUCAUGCUCUUCCCAUGUACUUCUAUAACCUGCUUAAUUAUGCAAGUAGCCAAAGCUCCUUAUUUUCUAUGUAAAUUUGAAUUGCUUAAAGGAAUAUAUUUACAUACAUUAAUCAAUUAUUUGCAUAAAAUGUUAGCUUUUGGGAGCACCCACCUGCUCACUUGCAUAUUCCACCACUGUUAGAUUAAAUCUAACCAGCACCAAUCCAAAUCCACACUGAUCUGACAGGACAGCAGAAUACACCCUUCUUGUGAGAUUAAAGACAAAAAAAAUGCCAAAAAAGUAGAAAUAAAAUAAUAUCAGAAAUAAA